AUGCAGGAGACGAGCGGGAGUGGGGGCCUCCCAGCCCAGACUGGCAGCACCCACAAGCAUGGCUCGCUGGGCUCCUACCUGGCCUGCCUGCGGGACAACCCCUCCUUCACAUGGCUUUGGAUAGCAGAGGCAGUCAACACCAUGGGGAGCUGGUUCAACUAUGUGGCCGUCUUGAUCCUCGUCAAUUCCUACUCUCAAGGCUCGGGCCUCGCACUCGCUGGCGUGGUGCUGCUGCACUUCCUUCCGUUCAACCGGGUGGGCAUCUUGAUCGCCACCUCCCUGCUCUCCUGCGCCGUGGUCUCUGCCCUGGUGACCGUCACCUCGCGGGAGCACACGCCGCGCCUCUACGCCCUGCUCUCCCUCCAGUUCACGUGCGUGGCCUUCUACACCCCGGCCCGCACUGCGCUGAUGCCCGUGCUGGUGGCGCCCCGGGACCUGCCUGCCGCCAGCACCAUGGACACCUUUGCCUGGUCGCUGACGGGGGCGGUGGCCUCCAGCCUGGGCGGCGUGGUCACCUCCAAGCUUGGCGUCCGCGCCGCUUUCCUCCUGGAUGCAGUCACGUACCUCGUCAGCGCGGUCUGCGCCGCGCAGGUCCCCCGAGCGCUGGGCGUGCCGGGGGCGCCCGCCGCCAGCACCAGGGCCCGGGAGGGCGAGGCACAGCCCCUCAGCCUGGAGCUGGCGGCGAUGGAGGCGGUGGGCUGCGACAGGGGCGCCCGCACCGCGUGCGGCGAGGGCUCGGCCUCGGACUCCGAGCCGGAGCCCUUGGCCAGCGCCGGACGCAGCAGGGCGCUGCCUGGUAUGGCCAGCGUCGGACGCAGCGGGAUCUUGAGCAGCACCGGCAGCAUCAAGCAGGGCGGGAUGCUGCACAGCGCGGACAGCGCAGUGCUCCGGUAUGACUUUGGGUCGCAGCUGGCCGCUGGCUGGCGCACAGUGACGGAGGGGUGCAGGUACCUGGCAGCCCCCGAGAACCGCGACGUCGCGGCCAUGGUCACGCUCAAAGGCGCAGGCUCCCUAUCCUGGGGCUGCAUGGACAUCAUGAAUGCCCGGCUCAGCGACCUACCCGAGAUGCAGCACCUGGGUGACGCGCCGCAGACAAUGGGCUACAUCUUUGCCAUGGUGGGCGUGGGCUGCCUGGUGGGCCCCCUCGUCCUCAACCCCUGGGUCCCGCCGCGUGUGCCCCUGCUCCUGGCCGCCUGCGCCGGGUCCCUCACGCUGCUCAGCAUCAGCUACGCCGUCAUGCUGGCGGCCCCCGGGAUCGGGCUGGUCCUCCUCUCCACCUUCAUCCGCGCCCUGGGCUCCGCGACCGUGUGGAUCUUCAGUAGCCUGGCCCUGCAGCUGCGCGUUCCCGGCGCCCUCAUGGGCCGAGUGUCCGCCUGGGAGAUGGCACUCUACACCCUGGCCGAGUCCUCCAGUGGCCUGGCCACAGGCCUGGCCCUGGAUCUGGGCCACGCCUCCCUCCGCGCCGUGCUCUGUGGCACCCUGCUCCUCGGAGGGAGCACCACGCACGAGGAGCGCGGCGUGUAUGCGCCGGUCGGUGUGGAGGGCGAUGCUUUGCCUCUGGGCACCAACAAGUCCCUGGAUCUGGGGAUGAGGCCCCGAUACCAUGUCGAGGUCCAGGCCGGGAUGGCGGGGGAGGUGGCGUAG